GCAAGUGCAUAUCUUGGGACCUGCUGUGCUUCAAGUAUCACCGGAUGUAUGUACAACAGGACAGACCAAUCGAGGUGCGUAGGUUCUAUUGUUGUCGUACAGAAUGAGCUGUGACGUGAUGUAUGCACCACUUCAUUCCGCAUAUUUCCCUUCCCCAUACCAACGAUCUCCCAUCGCCAAUGCCACACCUUCCCCGCCUUGCCAGGAACAAAAGUACAAACUGCAGCAGCAGCAGGGAAGAAGCCCGACAACGUGCAGCGACUCGGAUUCCAAUCCAUGUCGACCGAGCCCGGCAAGUUUUCCGUCCGGUUUCCCGUCGUCUCCGCCGACUGAGGAACCGGCGGACGAGGAACUCCAGAGAGGGAAGACAACUUACGUGAAUGGAAAGUGCAUCAUUUACACAUAUUAUAGGGGAGACAUUCAAAAUGUGGUGGAUCAACACUUCACCAAAGCCCUCAAUCUCCGCCGAGCCUGCCCCGUCAACGCCAAAGACGAACCCGGAAAAGGUAGAGAAAUGUCUUCUCAUCAAUUUCCAGACUACAGAGUAUACCCUGAAUACGUUCGAAUACGGCGUGAUCCGAAAUGCAUGCCUCGAUGA